UCUACCUUACCCGCAUCAUUUCACUUUGCUAUCAGACUCAACACGCGAGGCUCUAUCGAGCAAACUCCUUCAGCUUUUUAUUAUUGAAUAUUUUUUUUUCUGUGCUACUUUGUGUCAAGAUAACGCGACGAAGCAGCUGUUCCGACAUGGCCAAAGGAGAAGGAGCCGAGCAAUACUCCAACGCCACCUUAUUGACCAAAACUGGCAACUCCGACGGCAUUUCGCAUGACAGAAAGCCCGAGCAGAGAAACACAUUGUCCGUCUGCAACAAGCUCUGCUACGCCGUUGGUGGAGCGCCCUACCAGAUCACAGGGUGUGCCUUGGGGUUCUUUUUGCAGCUCUAUCUGCUGGACGUAGCGCAGCUGGAUCCAUUCUACGCCUCAAUCAUCUUGUUUGUGGGCAGAGCAUGGGAUGCAAUAACGGACCCCACCGUGGGUUUCCUGGUCUCGAGGAGUCCUUGGACACGGAUUGGACGCAUGAUGCCCUGGAUUGUGAUCUCAACUCCUCUGGCUGUGCUCUCCUACUUCCUAAUAUGGUACGUGCCCCCCUUUGAGGACGGCAAAGUCAUCUGGUACCUUUUCUUCUACUGUCUCUUCCAGAGCCUUCAAACUUGUUUCCAUGUGCCGUAUUCUGCCCUCACCAUGUUCAUCAGCUCAGAGCAGAAAGAAAGAGACUCUGCUACUGCUUACAGGAUGACGGUCGAGGUUCUGGGCACUGUUCUGGGUACCGCCAUCCAGGGGCAGAUAGUGGGCAUGGCUAACGCGCCCUGCAUCCCAGGACCGGAUGCGAUUUUGGCGGACAUGAGCAGCAACUCCUCUGACCUCAACGGAACAGACCACGUCAUCUCCCUGGAACACACGAGAGCCGCCUACAUGAUCGCCUCUGGUGUUAUCUGCUUAAUCUACGUCCUCUGCGCCAUUGUUCUGUUUUUUGGCGUGAGAGAGCAAAAAGAAUCCAGCCGGCCCAAGUCGGAGCCCUUGUCGUUCUUCCAGGGCAUCAAGCUGGUGAUGGGACACGGGCCCUAUGCCAAACUGGUCAUGGUCUUCCUCUUUACCUCGUUGGCAUUCAUGCUCCUUGAGGGGAACUUCGCUCUGUUCUGCAGCUACACCUUGGGCUUCCGAAAUGACUUCCAGAAUAUUCUGCUGGUGAUCAUGCUCUCCGCCACUCUCACCAUUCCCUUCUGGCAGUGGUUCCUCACCAAAUUUGGGAAGAAGACUGCAGUCUACGUCGGCACUUUGUCUGUGGUUCCCUUCAUGAUCCUGGUAGUGUGCGUAAAGAGCAACCUAAUCGUCACCUACGUCGUCUCCUUCGCUGCCGGGGUCAGCGUGGCCGCCGCCUUCCUCCUGCCUUGGUCUAUGUUGCCCGACGUUGUCGACGACUUCCAGGUGCAAAACCCCGAAGCCAAUGGUCACGAGGCGCUCUUCUACUCCUUUUACGUCUUCUUCACCAAGUUUGCGUCCGGAGUCUCCCUGGGAAUCUCCACCCUCAGUUUAGAUUUUGCCGGCUACAUCUCUCGAGGUUGCUCCCAACCGGCGGAAGUGGACAUCACGCUGAAGGUGCUGGUCUCCGCCGCUCCCAUACUCCUCAUCAUGAUCGGCCUCGCCAUCCUGUACACGUACCCCAUCAAUGAGGACAGGAGGCAAGGCAACCGGAAACUGCUCCAGGAGCAAAGGGAUGAGGCAGAUUCCGAAACGGACUCGACAGAACUUUCCAACAUGAUCUAAUAUGUUUUUUUUUUUUUCUUUUACCGCCGACCAAUCAAGACGAGCACCUGGCAUUUUGCACUGGGUGGGACCAAGUGAAGUUGGCCCGUCUUAUCUUAGACACUGCCUAGUCCAGGAAAUGCUCUUUCUUGCUGCUGCUACUGCUGCUAUUUCCCUUCAAGGGGCUAAAAAUCAUGCCACGCCAAACUGAUACUUACAAGCUGCGUUGCUCAGUCUGGUCUCUUUUUGUACUGGCAAUUUUUUUUUUUUUUUUUUUCCCAGAAAAAUACAUUUUUGCAUUUUUUUCCUUUUAAAUCCAGUAACUUUGAGCACUGCAGUACCAACCUAAACUUGAAACAGCAUUCGUGCCUUAGCUCAGUUCAGUAGCAAAGGGAAAAAAAAAAUAAGUAGGAGACAAACUGACACUUCAUUUCAUGGUCCAUGUUCUUGAGGCAGUGGCCAAAGUAUACAAUUUUAUUUUAUUUAUUUUUUUUGUUGUUUUGUUCUGACAGCCUGAUUGUUCUCAUCUGAAUCUGCAGGUAAACUACACCUUUCAAGGGCUGGGGUUUUUUUUUUUCCCCCCUUUUUUUUUUUUUUUUUUUUUUUGUUUUUUUUUUUUUGGUUCUGUGCAAGUAAAACCACUAUGACACAUCUGCUACUAUUCUUUAUAGAACAGCUACCGAAGAAUAGGAAAAACAUCUUCUCCCUCACUCACCCCCCCCCUCCCCCCGACUGAAUGCGAAGCUAAAAGGUGACAACAGUCAGUUCCUGAAUAUGUGAUCGUGUUAUUUAUUUAUUACUUUUGGAUUUUUUUUUUUUUUUUUUUUUUUUUUUGCAGUUUGGACAAUAGACGCGUCUUGCAGUAUUUAAAACCUAUUUAAUGGUGGAGUUGAUAUAAAGUAAAUCAAUGUUCUCGUGUUAUUUUUUUAAAUACGUGUCACCAUCGCUUCUGUCUGUACACAUUAAAGAUAGGAUGCACGUAAUUGUGGGGAAACAAAAUGGGAUGAUGGAAAAGUGAUUCUCUGUAUAUAUGCGUCUGUAUUGUACGAUUAACUGUUUUGUAAAUUUCUUGAUUCAUAUCCACCGAUAUGGAAUUCUGUACAUACAGUGUUCUAUGUUAUACAUACACUACAUCUACAAUAUGCCCCUGAAACUGGGUUAGUAUUGUGAAGUUUUUGAAUUACCUUUAAAAAAAAAAAGAAAAAAAAUUAUAAAUUCUUGCAUCAAUUGUGGUGGAUGCUGUACAUUAUUUUCUUUUGUCGUAACUAACAUUGCACAUUCUGUAAAUAUUGAUUUUUGUUUGUGGAUUUGCAGCUGAACUUAUUUCCCUGCGCAUGACAUUUGCUUGAGCCUGUGAGGGACAUAAACACCUUGUGAACAUGCCUCACAUGUCGAUAUGUAAAUAGUUUUGUGUAGAUUUGUAAAAUACCUUUUUGAUAUCUGAGGCUGCAAGUGAUUUGAUGUACUCUACUUAAGUUUAUUCAAGCACAAAAUAAAUGAGAUUGAAAACAAUAAAUAGUGCUGGAAAAGUGAA